CCUCUCUCCAUCCACACCAAAGCUCUUUUAGCUACUUUGCGCAUGUACGGCCAGUCGAACCGAGCAUUGCAUCGAUUCCAAGAUGGCGAAAACACGUCUGGCUUGCCUCCUGACUCUCCUCUCAACUCACUGCUACGUCAGCGUGUUAGCAGUGGUCCUGAAAACGAGUAACGACUCCCCAUGGACCGAUGAGUUCGACAAAAUUGAGUUAUCGUGUUUGAUAGAGUCCAUCUCAACGACCAAUCCCAGAAUUGAAUGGAAGAAGAUAACAAGUGAAGGACCCAGUUAUGUGUACUACGACAAGAAGAUCUCAGGAGCCUUGGAGAACAGAGCAGUGAUCAGAGAACCGGCCACGUUACUGAUAACCAACGCCACUAGAUCGGACACUGCCAAAUAUCGCUGUGAGGUUACGGCCGCUUACGACCAGAAGUCGUUUGAUGAGAUUGUGAUCGACCUUGUUGUAAGAGUAAAGCCUGUGGUGCCCAAGUGCAGUGUCCCAAAGUCUGUGCCUUUUGGGAAGUCUGCAGAGCUGAGCUGCAUGGAGGACGAGGGCUUCCCAAAGUCUCAGUACCAGUGGUUCAAGAACCGAGAGGAGAUCCCAGACGACCCAAAGACCAGCAUCAGGUUCUUGAACUCCUCGUACACGCUCAACGCAGAAACAGGAACUCUGAUGUUCAUCGCAGUCAGAAAAGAAGAUGCAGGCGAUUACUUCUGCCGAGCGAAGAAUGAUGCUGGACAUGCGGAGUGUCCGCCCCAAAACAUGGAAGUCUAUGACAUUGAUGUGGUUGGCAUCGUACUGGGAGUGCUGGUGGUAGUGGUGGUGCUUUUAUGUAUAACAGCGGGGAUCUGCUGUGCGUACAAGAGAGGCUUCUUCUCCAGCCAAAAACAGACAGGGAACAAUUACAAAGUUCCAGCUAAAGGAGAUGGAGUGGACUACGUCCGGACGGAGGAUGAGGGGGAUUUCCGACACAAGUCAUCAUUUGUGAUCUGAAGAAGAAGACGAGGAGGAGGAUGAGCGGCUUUGUGCUGAGUGAGAGACAUGACAUGUGGGACUGAACUCUACGCUGUCUGACACGAGGCCGCCGCGGUUCAUGCCCGGAGCGCUCAGCACGACAAAAAAAAACAACCACUCAAAGUUUGCCAAAGGUGACAACAAGAAUCCACAGGACAACAAAACGUCAAACUGUCACACACGUAAAGACUGAGAUUCAUUUGUCGACUUUUAACACCAACAAUGGAAUUCAUUUGACUAAAUUCUGGAGAUUUUCUUUACAGGUAUUGCAUGGUUUUAAAACAGGUGGAGCAGUGAAACCAUUCUUUGUUCCUCGAGGUAGAAACAGCAGAGUCUGUGUCCUCCAGAGUCUGUCGGUCAUGACACAUUUCUACUGUAAAACAUUAGCUUCAAACCUUCUGUCAUUUCUAUAACAUUUGUUUUCUACUGUUGAAAUUUGUCAGACUAUUUUUGAUGGAAUAUAUUUUAAAAUGCCUAUAGAUAAAGGUUUACUUUUUUAAAUAUUUGUAAAAUACUAACAUGUGUUUUUUUUAUUUGGUUGUGGAUAAAAAUAUGUAACACUUUAACCACUUUGCAUCAAGCUGUAAGCAUUUACACCUAUGAAAUCAUGAGAAAAAGAACAAAAAAAAAUGUUUUGGCAUAUCAAGAUGUGCUUCUUGAUGGGCGGUCUUACAUAUUUAAUUUCUGCGUUGGGAAAAGCCCAGCUCCUGUCGUGGUAGACUUCCAUGUCCAUGUUUGUAGAUAGUCUUUGAAGAGUGCCAGUCCAAUGCUGUGAAACACUGUACACGAUCAGUGCUGCAUUUUCUUGAUUUUUAAGUGUCCUUCUAUGCUUGCUGUUAAUCUGUAUAUAUUGAAUUUGCGCCAGAAUAGUUUUGCUGUCAUACAUAUGUUCAGUAUUUCACUAAAAUAAUAAUGAAUUGAUAGAAAUAUGACUAAUAACAGGGUGUGUAGGUUAACCUUCCAGACCCAGCCAAAAGGAGAGUACUCAUCAGUAUGAAAACUAAGAAUACAGGAUACUUUCUUUUUUUUAAGCCAGUAUUUAAAUUCUGAAUAUAGACGAUUCGGUGAUAGAGAGAACCAUUGCUACCAGUUCAAAGUUGAUAUUUGAUCUAAGUUAAUGUAUUUAAUGUAACCACAACUGGAAAAAAAAAAACAGACCAAAAUCUGAUGCCACAUUUAAUAUUGAUCAUAGCUGAUCUGCUCCACUCUGUUUACGAACUGUGUGCUGAUAAUUGUGCAUGGGCAAGAUGAUUUAGAAAUAAAUUAUAGCCGCUAUAUAUUUUUAUUUCCUAUAUUGAUCAACAGGGAUGUUUAUAAUGAAACAUAGUUAGAUAUGCUGCCAGUUUGACGGUAUCCGGAAAACACUGAAGCCUGAAAAAAAUCAGAUGUCAAUUUUUAGACUUUAAUUUUUUAAAACAAACUAAACUUGUCAAACCUUUUAAAGGCUGUAAAUUAAGAUAAAUUAAAAUCAGUAAAGCUGAAGGUGAAGUUUUCUGAUCAUCUGGUUUUAUCAGAUUUUCUUAAGCAGACACAGGAGUUCACUGAGGGGCUGUGAGCUGAACUGCUGCUCACUGUACAAGCUUAGGUGAUCAUCAUUCAUUAUUUUUUUGUUUUUACAAAUUCUCUUAGCUUCCCAAAUAAAAGGAUACCCAACCCACAUAGUCAAUAAAAUAACAGAAUGAAGCAGUUUCACAUUUGCUGUGACGCACCUUCUCAGGGCUGAGAGCUGAGCUGCCACUCACUUACUCUUACUAGCAGACUAAACUCCCUAACUUAAAUUAUAUGGAGAUGACCGAUCUCUAUCGUUUCAUUGCCCAGCACUCAUUAUCGCUCAUUGGUUGGUAGACCUAAUCUAACGUUUCUAAUGUUAGUUAUCGUGUUAACAAAAUUGUAGUUGGAAAGAAAAAUCAAGUUUGGUUUGGUUGAUGCUUGUAUUUUUAUUCCUCCGGUCAAAAGUUCAGUGUUAGGGUGAUAUAGCAUAUAGCCUAUGUAUCAGGGGUCUGGAGGGUUAACAGUUGUUCUGAUUGUAUAUAGAUUUUUUUUUCUUUCUCUCUCAGAAGAUUAUGUAAAGUGGUGAAAAAUGAAAAAAAAAAUCCUAUUUGAGGCGACAUGAAACUCUUUCCAUUUGAAAGACUGAUAAAAAACAUUUUACCAAUUCAUAAAUCUCUUGUUGGGUAGUUAUGAGUGUUUUGAAUCAACAAAUGUGGUAAAGUGUUAGCUUAGCAUCAGUCAUGGUAGAGACGAUCUGCCCAACAUUGCACAUAGGAAGUUGUCAACACUGCUCAGUCUUUUUCCAGGUCGACAUGUUGCAUUCAGGAACCAAGAGAAGAUGUUUUAAGAGUAUAAAACCCAUUCAUCUUAACAAAUGAAGUUUAAGGUACAUGCUGAGAUACAAGUCCCCAGAACACAGAUGCAUACAUUUCCCCUCUCAUUUGUACAAAUUCAUUCCUCUUAAGUGCCUUUAAAGUAGUCCAGUUUCUCUACAGCCAUGCUCUGUCCUGCUUUCACAUUUCUACGAUACUCUCGAGGGUUUCAUGAUUAACCACAAGCGCGGCGUUUGAGAGGAAUGAUAUCACCACAAAUCUCCACUUCUCUUCUUUACAUACAUAUCUGCAAAUUUGUAAAUAGCUUCUUUUUUUUUCAUAGAGUUGAUGGUGUAGACAUGUUGAAGUAGAAAAUAGAAAUAUAUUAGUGCCUAAAUAUAGUGGGAAUUAUUUUUGCAGAAGACACAUAAUAGCACUAUUAGGCAAAGGAAAAAAGAAGGAUACCCAUAGCAGGGCCACUUAUAUAUUAGCUCUGGUUUAGAACAGGUUUAAAUCUGUCCUGGCUGACUGCUGCUCCACUGCUCUCAGAGACAAACACAAUGUUCAAACCCAGAGUCGACCCAGUGUUCAUGAACAUGUCAGCAGCUGUAAUGGAGCUCUGAUUAUUCAGCCAAUGUGAGCGCUUAUUAAAGCAGAGUUCAUGCAAAGUGUCAGACACAAACAAACACACAGAGAACCAUGCAGGACGCCUACAUUUAGACCACAGGCAGCCCUGAACACGUCCGCCUGUGAUCUGGUUUGAUGUUGUAAAGCAGCGGUGGUACACAUUAUAUUUACACCACAGAGGAAGAUGGUUUCCAGUGUUGUUGUUUUUUUUAAAGCUAACUCACCACUGUCUUUCAAAUCAAAGAUGGCAGCGCUCCUCUGAUGCAGCUCUGUUAAACUGUUACUGACUGAGGUCUGGUGCAUCAUGUGAGAAACAACAUGACUUUCUGAUCGAAACUCACAAACAGUAGAAUGUCCAUCUGGAGCCUGCUGGGGCUGUUUUUGUUCAUUUUAGAAACACUCUUUGUGAUUAAUAAAACUCACUUCUGAUAUUA